AUGGUAUCCUUCAAAGGCUUCAAUCCAGAGACCAACAUUCCCUCUCUCGCCGGGAAAGUCAUCCUCGUCACCGGCGGAACUUCCGGCCUAGGCCGCUCCGCCAUCCUCACUCUUGCCUCUCACAAUCCAUCUCACAUCUACUUCACCGGCCGCUCCUCGGUCUCCGCAUCGUCUCUCAUAUCCUCCCUCUCUCCUGUUCCUGCAACGUUCCUCGAAUGUGAUCUCACGUCCAUCGCAAGCAUGCGCUCCGUAGCGAAGAAGUUCACACAUGAUCGAUUGGAUAUCUUCAUCGCAAAUGCGGGAGUCAUGGCUGUUGAUGGGCUUACUCAGGAUGGACUUGAGUUGCAGUUUGGUGUGAACCACGUUGGCAAUGCGACGCUUUUGAUGGCUCUUUUACCAAUUAUGCAAAAGACUGCGGAGAACGGUCACGAGGUUCGCUUUGUUAGUGUUACUUCACUCGGAUACGCAGGCCAUCCAAAGAAGGGCAUUGAGUUUGAGACCCUUCAUUCACUCCAAGAACACUUACCCUUUGGAACGUGGAGUCGCUACGGACAGAGCAAACUCGCCAACGUCGUCCUGGCCAAGGAACUGGAGCGACAAUACCCUGCUAUCAAGAGCGUUGUUGUUCAUCCUGGUGUCAUUGCUACGAAUCUGGUCACAGGCUUGGGAUUCUGGAAGAGAAUGUUUGUGUAUGUUACCAACCCAUCGAUGAUGACGGUUGAGCAGGGUGGAUACAACACCGCUUGGGCUGCGGCCGGUGAUGUCAAGAGAGAUGAGGCAGUGGCCUUUUAUGAACCCGUUGGGAAGGCGAAUAAGGGAGAUGACAUGUGUUUUAGUGAGGACUUGGGAAAGAAGCUGUGGGAGUGGACAGAAGAGAAGAUCGAGAGUGUCAAGUAG